AGUAAUUUUGACGUCAUGGCGCAGUGUCGUCCAAUGGGAAGGAGCGGUCUCGAGUCCCGUCAUUUGCAUAUCGCCUCUAUAAGUACGGGCGGCUGCGCCAUUGUACCUGCGUCGAUCCUGCGGUACGAGCAGCGGCGGGCGGACGCGAUGCCGGAACCAGCAAAGUCGGCUCCUGCUCCCAAAAAGGGCUCCAAGAAGGCGGUCACCAAGACCCAGAAGAAGGGUGACAAGAAACGUAGAAAGACUAGAAAAGAGAGCUACUCAAUUUACGUAUACAAGGUGCUGAAGCAGGUGCACCCCGACACUGGCAUCUCGUCCAAGGCCAUGGGCAUCAUGAACUCGUUCGUCAACGACAUCUUCGAGCGCAUCGCCGGCGAGGCGUCGCGCCUGGCGCACUACAACAAGCGCUCGACCAUCACGUCGCGGGAGAUCCAGACGGCCGUGCGGCUGCUGCUGCCCGGUGAGCUGGCCAAGCACGCGGUCUCGGAGGGCACCAAGGCGGUCACCAAGUACACCAGCUCCAAGUAGAGCGGUGCGGAUUAAUUCGAUUUUAACUCAAAGGCUCUUUUCAGAGCCACCCACGAUUUCAGUAAAAGAGUGGUUCACAGAUGCGUGUUGGUGAGUGGUGCUGCGCUUCCUUAUGGUCUUGGGCUUGCACAGUAGGUCGAUCUGAUAAACGAUGGAAAAAAAAAAAAAGCUUUAAUGCUUCACACGAUAAAAGAAAUGAAUUAUUGUGGUGUUUUAUGUGACGUAUAGGAACUCUGAAUAGGAGAAAUAUGUAGAUACUGUAUAGGAGUCAGAUUUCUAAGCCUACUAAGUGCUCGUCUAACAAUCAUUUCUGAAUUUUAAGCAAAUAGAUGUACAUAAACAUGGAUGUUCUUCCUGCUUUGAAAUAAAGCCACCUCUGUUACAACUACAGCCCUA